UGAUCACACGUGGCCAUUACCCUCGUGGCAUUCCGAGCGUGCGCUGCUUCAUUCCUGCCAGAGCGGUCCGCAAUCGAAGAUUAUUUUUUUUUUUUGCCCGACAGCGACACGCGAGUCGCGACAGCCGUCUGGACCCGGCCAUGCCUCUGUGCGAGCUGCACAACGAGGAGCUGCUGCUCUUCUGCCAGGAGGACCGCGAGUUCGUCUGCCCCUCGUGCACCACCUCCGCGUUGCACGCCAAGCACAGCUACAUCAGCGCCACGCAGCUCCUGCAGCAGCGCAAGGAGCAUAUUGCCAAGUGCCUCGAAGGAUUGCAGGAGAGAACAAAAUCCAUCGAUGACCACCAGAAGGACUCCGAGGCGAGGAAGCGAAUCAUCGUGACCUUUACGGAGCGGCUCUGCGAAGAGCUCAACAACGGCUACAACGAAAUGGAGCAGCUCCUGUCUCAGGACCGCACAGCCGCUCUUGAGCUGGCGCACGCGGAGAUGCAACAGGCCCUGCAGCGGAUCGAGCUGCAGCAGCUGGAGCUGCUGGCGCAGGAGACGGGAAUCAUCGAGGCGCAGCAGCGUUGGACUAGCGUGGAGCAGAGGGCGUCCCACGAGGAUGCGGAGGAGAUGAGAAAAUGCAUCGCGAAUCUGGAACAACGGCCGACGUUUAACGGAGACAAAGUUCAUGUCGACGAGCGGCGUCUCCAGAAUAUGCUCGUUGGCGUCAACAACAUCCAGAACCAGCUGAAGAGGCUGCUGCCCAGACCCUGGGCUUACGCGAGAAACUUGACGCUCGAUCCGGACACGGCCAACGUCGACCUCGUGCUGUCCAGCGACCUCCUCACGGUGUCCAACCGCAGAUCGACGGCGUCCGUGUCCGACUGCUUGUUCACAUCGCCGACCCCCACGGCCGUCGAGGAUAAUCCGCAUCGCUUCGACAUGGCCUUCAAUGUCCUCUGCAAGCAGAGAUUCAGCAGCGGCACGCAUUACUUUGAGGUGUCUGUGCGGAACAAGGAGGCGUGGACGGUCGGAGUGGUGAGUGAAGGCUUCAAGCGGAAGGGCACUGGUCUCGACACCCUCAUCGGCAAGAACCCGCACUCGUGGGCCCUCGUGGCGACGCACGGGAACCUGCAUGCCUGGCACAACAACAAGGCCGAGCAGCUGAAAGACUGCAAGCGUUUCGAGCGGCUGGGCAUCCUGCUGCGGUACGACGACGGGCAGCUCUCGUUCUACAACGCCGACACCAACGUGGCGCUCUACACGUUCAACGCCGCCUUCUCCGGGAGCCUGGCCGUCGCGCUCAACACCCGCGGCGUCGUGCGGGGGAAGAACACGCAGCCGCUGUCGCUGUGUCCGCUGCGCUUGGAGAUGGCACGCAACGACUCCGGCCAAGGCGACGAUGCCCUGAGCGUCGGCUCGGGCCGCGAGCACCACCGACCCAGGACGCUGACGAACGUCAUCGGCGACCACUUCCGGGCGGCCCUGUCCUCGCCGCGCUCUGCGCCCGCCUCCCCCGCGUCCACGCCCGACCACUCGCGGGCCUCCCCGACGGACCCGCGCGAGAUGAGCUUCCAACUCUGGCUGGGCAAGCAAGCGGCGAUGGUCAACAGGGCCGGCCCCUUGUCCGGCUCGCCUUGCGGCGUCGUCAGCGCCGCCGCCGGUAGCGGCGGCGGCGCUGCCGGCUGGGACCCGAAGCGAGCGUCGUGCACCUCCUCCUCCUAUUCGUCGUGGUCCAGCGAGGUGAUGGAGCCUCCGUACGAGGAGUCGUCGUCCGACGACGCGAUUUCCAUCGACUCGAGGGUCACCACGUCGACGCGGGCUUCCUGGUCCAUGUCGGAGAUUUUGGCGGCGGCGGCGGCGCGGGAGACCCCCAGCGCGAACGGCCUGCAGGCGACGCGGGCGCAGUCGAGCCUCGACGUGAGACGGAGCAACGAGGUCGGCAGAGGCCGGGGCGGAGAGGGGGGCAGCCCAUUUCGAAUGAAGACCCUGGACAAGGUGCGCAACGCACUGCAGCCCAGGUUGAAAUCGGGCAACGGCCAGGUGGUGAAAUGAGUCCGGGGCGCCGACGCGGCGGGGGCCAGAGCGUCCACCUAAAGCAGCCCGACAAAGACGAUUUAGUCAU